AAUCGUAAUCCUAAAUCCUUGAUUUGACAUAUAUUCGAAGCACGUGUUGAACUCGUGCUGAUGGAACAAAAAAUACAAUAUUCACCAAAAGACAUUUAAAAAUACACAGGUAUAGUAUGAGACUAGUUGGAGGAUUUUCCAUCUACAAAACCCUCCAACUUUUGUUCAACCCAUUUAUAUAUAUUAACUAUGUUCAACCUUAAACCCAUUAUAUUAAAAGUUGCAUUGCACUAAUGCAUGCAACUAUUAACCCUACUUGAUUAUUUACUCUGUCUAAUGCCAGAUCACUUUAAUCGUCAAGGGGAAGUGCUGGUCCUCAAUGGGUUAAAAUAGUCUGCAAAGAUUGUAAUACAGUAUAAAACUAUAUAUAGUAUUAUGUAAUAAUAUACAACAACUAGUGUCUGUGUGCUAUACAAAAUUUGAUUUUGUUGACAAAACUGUAUUCGGCUUUUGCAUUAAAUGUCUAUAAAUAUUAAAAGUAUGUUAAUUACAGUACAUAAACUUUGUAUUAAACAACACUUGGUGUCGGUCAGUUCACAUCCACAAAGAAAGAUUAUAGAAAUAUGUCUUAGACUUUCUAAUAGAAACACUGUCACGAGGGGUCAGAAAUGAUUUGGUAUAUUGCAUGUGAACUGGAUUUUCUGAUUCCAUCAGUUGAAAUUGUCCCUAUGACACUCAGAUAAAAACUUAUAUAUAUGUGCAUUCACUUUGCUGAAAACUUAUAUCCUAGCUGUAUAUAAAUAUAUAUUCUUCAGUAUGGCCAAAGUUGAGAAUGGUUGGUUUGCAGAAAUAAGUGACCUCUGGUAUGGUCAAGCUAUGUCAUUUGAAGUAAAUAAAGUUUUAUGUCACAAAAAGUCACAGUAUCAAGACAUCUUAAUGUUUGAAAGGUUAGUGCAUAGUAUAUCAGAACCUGGAGGCAGAGGAAGGGGUUUAGACUUGCAAUCUUAUCAGACUCACUGUUUGAAAAGAUGCUAAUUAAUAUUGAAGAGGAGACAGAAAGAAAUACCAUCACUGUAGAUGUGAUCAUAGAAAAUGUAAAUUUUUGCUCAGGAAUGCUGAAAAUACGAUAGUUGCAGGGGCACAAUUUGACUGUGCGAAUUGGGGGGGGGGGGGAGAAGUUCUUCUUGCCCAAUAAAAGGGCAUGGUCACUAAUCAAUCUGACAUGAAAUUCAUGAACUUUUCUUCAGAUGACUUCAACUGCUCGACAUACAACCCAUUAACGCUAGGCAAAAUUUGCCUGAGUGUCAUUCCAUUUUUAAACUUUGGGGGUGUCACCCCCCCCCCAUACCCCAACAGUUGCACCCCUAGACAGUUGUCUUGUGUCUUGCAUUUCAUGCACUCCCAGUUUAGUUUAGUUUGGUGCUUUAAUUUACAACAAGAUGUCUUUUUGACUUUGCAGCAAAUCCCAUGGGAAUGUGUUAGUUCUUGAUAGUUGUGUUCAAUGCACCGACAGAGAUGAAUUUUCAUAUCAAGAAAUGAUUACUUAUCUUCCAUUAAAUUCACAUCCUAAUCCUAGAAAGGUAAUUUCUGGGGUAAUUUUUCUUGACAAUGGACUGUGAGACCACACCCCUUGUUACUAUGGAGAUUGGGACAACACCCUUUUGCCGACAAUAGGUUCUGCGAGGCCACACCUUGGUGCUGACAAUGGACUGUACAUAUGAGACCACAUUUUGUUUAUUGACUAUGUGCUGUAGAUUUGCAGUGAUAUAGCCUGUAGGGUCACACCCUUUUUCUGACAAAGGACUUUGAGACCACACCCUUUGUUGGUAAUAGACUGUUAGACAUGCUCUUUGUUGACAAUAGACUGGAAGGCCACACCCUAUGUUGGUGAUGGAUGACGAGGGUACACUCUUUAUUGGUAGUGGACUGCAAUCCACACACUCUGUUGGCAAUAGUCCGUGAGGGUAACUGGUUUAAAUCAUGUCCAAAUUUCCCAGUGAACAAACAGGCAAUCCCUUCAGGACUCUUUUGAUUGAUGUCCACCAAUGUAUUUCGCUUUAUAGGUCUUAGUUAUUGGAGCAGGUGAUGGCGGCGUAAUUCGUGAGAUUGCAAAACAUCCUUGUGUUGAGUCCAUUGUACAAUGUGAAAUAGAUGAGGUACAGUACCAAAAAACCCGGUGUUGUUUAUAAACCGAUUUAACCAAUGUCGUUUUGGCAGAGAAACAGGAUAAAAAAACUAACAAAAAAAGGUAUUACAAUAUAAUUGAACCACACGUGUACUUAACGGCGUUUGGUGCGAAAGAAUCGAAUAUAAUUUACCCAGGAACACGGUUGGCAGAUAUGGUUCAAGAUAUGGAAGUUGCGAAGGAUUUUUGUCAGUCAGCAUCUCCAGGUUUGGGUAGCUCCACUGCAUCCAUGAUUUCUGGAGUUGCGGCCUGUAACUUCAUCAUUCUUGAUUCAACUAAAUUUUGUAGUUUUAUAUGUAUCUGGUAGAAAACGUUGCUGAUUUACAUAAAUUCAAGUUCAUUUUUCUCUGCAAAUAUCAUUGAUUAUUGGAAAAUACGAACAUUUUCGUAACGGUGAAUCAAAGGCUGACCCCCGUUCAAAUAUGCAAGAACUCGUCUAAUUUGGCUCGUAUUUAUAUAUCUAUUUAAAAGUAUUCUUCAUAUUAGGAAGUUGUGAAUAUGUCAAAGAAAUACUUGCCAAAUAUGUCGUGUGGGUACAACAGUGCUAAACAUACACUUCAUGUUGGAUGUGGUAAAGAAUUCAUGAAGAAACAUCAAGGAGAAUUUGAUGUCAUUAUCACUGAUUCUUCUGAUCCCGUAGGUAUGGUUAUACUGCAGUUGCAAGGCCUUUUCAGUGUUUAAAGGGCAUAUGACUCGAAAAUUGAUGGUGUUAUUUUUUGUCUAAUAUGAUAGAUCAAGGAAAACCGUAGAGUAACGUCUUUGACAGAUUUUUGUUUUUUUGCUUCGUUUUGGAGAUAUUUCAUUUUCUAUGAUAUGCAAAGGACCAACUUUCUACGUCACACAUGCAUAAUGACUUUCUUUAAAAUGUUAUAUAAUUUUGUCACUAUCAAAUAAAUUCGCUCAAAAUGAAUGAUGAGCACGAAAUUUGUCCACAACAAUACCCAUGACAUGUAGUGUUUGGUCCUUUGCAUAUCAUACAAAAUAAAAUAUCUUCAAAACGAAGCAAGAAAACAAAAAUCUGUCAAUGAAGUUACUCUACAGUUUUCAAUUAUUUAUCAUAUUAGACAAAAAAAUAACACUUAAAAAUGAGUCAUGUGUCCUUUAAGCCCGCAGAUCAAACAAGGAUGAGACUCAUGAGAGUGCGUGAGAGUUAACUGGCGUCACGUGAUCUUGGUUAGCUGUUCUCAAUGCUUUCCCAACACCACCAUGUAUUUUAAUAGUUAAUUAUGUUGCAACUUGCAGCAACAAUACUCAAUAGACAAUUCCCAUUAUAGACUAAUUUUAGAACUUGGCAAGGAGACUAAAAUAAAUCACCACAGCUAGAAAGAGCAUACUAAAAUUAGUAAAAUUGCAAAGUUUGGUUGCGAAAUGUUGUAAAAUGUGGAAAAUAUAGCCUUGCAAAGUUCGCAAAUUUUGUAUACUUUGCAAGGCUAUAUUUCCCGCGUUUUAUAACAUUUCGCAACCAAACUUUGCAAUUUUACUAAUUUUAGUAUGCUCUUUCUAGCUGUGGUGAUUUAUUUGCAUCUCCUUGCCUAGUUUUAAAAUUAGUCUAUAAUGGAAUUGUCUAUUGUCUUGGAUUAAAUGUAAUAGUGCUAUAAUGAAUGCAUGUUGUUACGUUAAGGCCCAGCUGCAUCGCUGUUUGAAAAGGAAUAUUAUGAACUGAUGAAGUCAGCUUUGAAAUCAGAUGGCAUAUUGUGUAGUCAGGGUGAGUAUUUCUUUAUGUAUGAGACAGUCUCAAUUCCGGCCAUAUCCCGUCUCGUAGACGGAUGAAGUGGAGGGUUUCAUCCUAACAAUAGAUUGGUGCAUGGGCGUACCGGAAGGAAAAAAUCAGGGGGGCGGAAAGAAAUUUGCCCGACUUUUCGGGAUUGUGCCCGACUAGUACCUAAAAAUUUGUUCCGGAAAAAUUAUUUCGGCGACCUCAGCCCCCUCCGCCAAAAAAUUUUUGGUCAGUGUACCAUUUUAGGGGUCAAAAAAGUUUUCCGGAGAUACCAAAAUUUUUCGGAACAUCACACAAAUUUUCAAAAAAACACAAAAUUUACAACAAAAAAUUGACUGAAUUUUCGACUAAAUUGACAUAAUUUGUCCCAAUUUUUUUUAUUACAAACCAAAAUUGCCCGACUGUUGAUUGAAUAUUGCCCGACUGCCCAAAAAACUGGGGGGCUACCGCCCACCCCCCCGCCCGGUACGCCUAUGGAUUGGUGGACUGGAAUCGUUUUGCCUGAAUAUGAUUGCUUGGCAGUUGCAGAUACUGGGGGUAGCCAGUUUACUAUGUCCACUGGAACUGAAAUAGGGCAAAAAGUGUUUAAUGUUUCCCAGAUCCUGAAUUUUCCAUUUUCGAAUGAUAUUUUACAUGUAUUUGUAUUUGUUUAGGUGAAUGUCCUUGGCUUGACAAUGUAUUUAUUAAAAAUAUGAUGAAGUUUUGUAGUCCACUCUUUCCAGUGGUUGGAUAUGCGUACACAAAUGUACCAACUUACCCGUGCGGUCAAAUUGGAUUUUUGAUGUGUAGUCGCAGUCCAGUAAGUGUUUAAGUAAUUGAUAUAAAGCGUGAAAUCGCUAAUUAAUAAGUAUGUUAAGUUUGGUUCCGAGAGUUGUGCACAUUUGUCUUAUUUUUUUUUCUUUUCUUUUAAAUUAAGGAAACAAAGUUUGACCAACCGUUGAGAAGGUUUUCUUCAGAGCAACUGACCUCUUUGAAUUUGAAGUUUUACAAUUCCGAGAUGCACACUGCAGCUUUCGCUCUACCACAGUUUUUUGAAAAGGUAUACAGUCGGCACGGAACUUUGUGAGGACCGAAAACUUUGCGAAAUAAAUAAACAUAAGGACACGAAGCUUACAUCCUCGUGUUUCGUCCACAAAUAUGGUACUCUUUGGUCUCGGUACCAAUUGCAAACAGCCUAUCCCUAAACUGACGUCCUGUAUGUCGUGCAGAAUGUCUGUUAGUUCCAUCAGACGUGUACAGGCGUUUUCACCAAUGAUGAACAAACAGUACAUAUUAAUAAUGUGUAAUAAUUUCAUAGUGUGAAAUAAUUUAAACUGUCUAGGUAUAAUAUAUAUCAUUUUUUUCUCAUAGAAAAACAAAGAAUACGACAAAACUGGCUCUUCGGAAGACAGUGAUUGGUUUUGGGAGAAACGUAAGAUUGCUCCGGGGCAGUCGUUUGGUUUAAUUAAAGAGGAUAUACAUUUUCAUAAAAAGAUUAACAAUCAAGAUAUACUUGUAUUUAACAGGUUAGCGUUUAACGAGUAGUUGGGUCAGCCAGCCAGCCAGCCAGCCAGUCGGUCUUGUCGUCGAUCAAUCGGGCUGUUGUCGGUCGGUUGGCGGGUCCGUUAGUCAGCACCUGCAUAUGUCUGUUUAUCAUUUACUGUUUAUGCUUGUUGUUUUAAACCUGUUGAUGUGUUUCUAGUUAUGUAUACGGCAAUGUAUUGGUGGUAGAUGACGUCAUACAACGCACAGAAUGCGAUCAAGCUUUAUAUGACGAGUCCUUGGCACAUCUCGCGUUGAGUUGCCAUCCAGAUCCUAAAAAGGUAAAUUUUUACUGUUCAUUAAAUAAAAGCCCAGGCAAAUGAGGAUGAUGAUUCAUUGCUGUCUUAGACACCUUGACAAUCCCAACCUAUCAAUUGUAAUAUAUACUUUUUCCAGGUGCUUAUUAUCGGAGGUUUAAGUGGAGGUAUCAUAAAUGAAGUUUCAAGAUACCAGUCAGUUGAGGAAAUUGUCCAAUGCGAAGCAAGUCAGGUGGGUUAGAAGACUGACAUUUAGUACAAAUGACGUUAGUUUAGUUACGUUUAAUCCCUGUUUAACUGUAGCAUACACUUUCACUACGGAUAGUAUUGUAUGCUUUUAUCUUUUAUGUUUAUCAGGCCCUUCUGGAUAUUUCCAAAAAAUAUUUCGAUCAAACGUCGACUGGAUACGAGAAUCCAAAGCUGCGAGAACUUUAUAUUGGUACUUACAUGGAGUACAUCAAGACGCAUCCCGUAGAAUAUGACGUCAUUAUAACAGGUACACGGGUAAAAAUUGAUCAGGUUGUUCAAACAGUAGCGAACAAUGUUGUGCUGCACCCCGUGAACAAUAUUGUUAACAAGUUGUUCCGAGUUGUUCAAUCAUCAAUAUUGUUGCAAGUUGAUAACAUGAUUGUCAACAAGUUACAACAACGUUGAUGGUUCAACAACAUUGUUAACAAUAUUGUUCACGGGGUGCAGCACAACAUUGUUCGCUCCUGUUGUGAACAACUUGCAUCAACAUGAUGAUUUUUACGCGUGUAAAAUAUAGAUCGAAAGUUUUUAUCGCAAGAAGAGUGAAUGGUGUUUUUGAAUGAUAUGCACUCUCUAUUUUCCAGUUCCAGCGGAAACGUUUCUACAACCUAAUACGAGUGAUGCUCUGAAAUCAGCUUUAAAACCAAAUGGCAUCGUUAUCUCUCAACGUAAGCAAUUUUGUUGUUGUUGUUGUUGUUGUUGUCGUUGUUGUCGUCGUCGUUGUUGUUGUUUCUCGUUGUUGUCGUCGUCGUUGUUGUUGUUUCAAUCGAUAUUGUUUACUUUUUCAAUAAAUACUAUCAACAAAAUUUCAUUUCCUUCGUCAUUUAGUUCCAAGCUUCUGGCUAGAGCUCGAUGCUAUUCACUCGUUAUUCUUGUUGUUGUUGUUGUUGUUGUUGUUGUUGUUGUUGUUGUUGUCGUUGUUGUCGUCGUCGUUGUUGUUGUUUCAAUCGAUAUUGUUUACUUUUUCAAUAAAUACUAUCAACAAAAUUUCAUUUCCUUCGUCAUUUAGUUCCAAGCUUCUGGCUAGAGCUCGAUGCUAUUCACUCGUUAUUCAAAUACAAUAAAACAUCAUUUUCAACUGUGAAACUCGCCUAUUCCUGUAUUCCUACGCCACCGUUUGGACAAACUACCUUCAUGUUACGAAGUUUAAAUCCAGUAUGUACAACAGUUUAUAUUUUAGUGUUCUGAGAACGUCGCUUACUGUAAUAUAAAUAAUAACAAUAAUAACAAUUUGAAAUACUGAACUCAAAAUAUGACCAUCCUCUCUCCUGCCAAUAACUGAUCAGAAACUAAAGCCGUAUUCUCAGUUUAUUCCACAUAAAAUAAAUGUUCUAAAAUAUUUUUUGUCUAUUUUUCAGGCUACAUGUUUUGAAACGCCAGUUCAGCAACUAUCGGACGAAGAACAUUCCCAGCUGUAUUUUUAUAACUCUAAAGUGCACAGUGCAUGUUUUGCUUUGCCAGAAUUUGUGAGAAAAGUUAUUGACAGCUGAGGCGAGAUAUACAACCACUGCUGAUGUAGCUGGGAUGACAUUAGAAUGCGAAAUAGGUGGAAAUUGUAUUUAUGAAUCCUAUAUAUAAUAAUUAUUAUCUUCGAAUUAUUAACUUGUUAGAUUAGACUUUCCAAAGUCUUUCGCUGAGGUUCUCAAGCGCUCCGCGGUCCAUCUUUUCACCAACUUCUAACCUAGCGGGCGACUUGUACUACUUUUGAAGGGGAGCGAAUACCCUGGGGAACGAUGUUGCUUUUGAAGAGGGUGGGAAAGGGUAUUUUCGUGAGCCGUGAAUGGUGAAUAUUUGUUCGUGUGAAAUGUGAAAUGCUUGAUUUUAGUGCAGUGAAAUGUGAUUGUUAGUAAAAAUGCUCCGUGAAAUGAGAAUUAAGGAUGCCUGUUUCGUGAACUG